AUAUCUUGACAAUCUGGGAUUCUUGGAGGUCGAAACCCCCAUAAUGAACCAAAUUGCUGGUGGCGCCACUGCGAAACCGUUUGUCACGCAUCACAAUGAACUCGACAUGGAUCUGUUCCUUAGAGUCGCACCCGAACUUUACCACAAGAUGCUUGUUGUUGGUGGGAUUGAUCGAGUUUAUGAGGUUGGACGACUGUUCCGUAAUGAGGGCAUCGACAUGACUCAUAAUCCUGAAUUCACAACUUGCGAGUUUUAUAUGGCAUACGCUGAUUAUGAGGAUCUUAUCCGACUAACAGAGGAUCUUCUGAGCAAAAUGGUAAUGUUCAUUCAUGGAACAUACAAGAUUCAAUAUCAUCCCAACGGGCCUGGAACGGAGCCUGUAAUGGAGGCGAGCUUUAAAGUUGAUUUUACACCACCAUUCAAGCGUGUCAAUAUGUAUGAAGGAUUAGAAAAAGCACUGGGCGUUAAACUGCCGUCUCCUGAUACCCUAAAAACUGAGGGCGAGUUAUCUAUUUUACAUUCCAUCUCAAAUAACUUCUUCGACAAGCUGUGCCGUGAAAGGAAUGUUGAGUGCGUAGAACCACGCACUACAGCUCGUCUUUUGGAUAAAUUGGUCGGCGAAUUCCUCGAAAGCACAUUCGUUUCACCUACCUUCCUCAUUGGACAUCCACAAAUCAUGAGCCCUCUUGCAAAGUGGCAUAGAUCAGUUCCUGGCCUUACGGAAAGGUUUGAAUUGUUUGCUGUUACGAGAGAAAUUGCCAAUGCUUACACUGAAUUGAAUGAUCCCAUUAGACAACGACAAAGUUUUGAACAGCAGGCUGCUCUGUGCCGUGAAAAGAAUGUUGAGUGCGUAGAACCACGCACUACAGCUCGUCUUUUGGACAAAUUGGUUGGCGAAUUCCUCGAAAGCACAUUCGUUUCACCUACCUUCCUCAUUGGACAUCCACAAAUUAUGAGCCCUCUUGCAAAGUGGCAUAGAUCAGUUCCUGGUCUUACUGAAAGGUUUGAAUUGUUUGCUGUUACGAGAGAAAUUGCCAAUGCGUACACUGAAUUGAAUGAUCCCAUUAGACAACGACAAAGUUUUGAACAACAGGCUGCUGACAAGAGUGCUGGAGAUGACGAAGCUCAAUUAAUUGAUGAGAACUUCUGCACUGCAUUGGAGUAUGGCCUACCACCCACAGCCGGCUGGGGAAUGGGUAUUGACCGCUUGACAAUGAUCCUGACCGAUAGCAACAACAUUAAGGACGUUCUCUUUUUCCCAGCGAUGCGGCCAGAGGAGCAAGGACAAGCUUUAGUUGAUGGGCUCGAUAAUAGUUCCAAUUGUUAGAA